AUCAUGGCUCCGUCCACUGCCCCGCCCGCGCUCGCCGCGAGCGGUCCAACCCUGUUCGGCCUUUCUAUGAAGCAGGUUUCAUUGAUCACCUUGACAUUCCAAAACUCGGCACUUAUACUGAUAAUGCACUACUCGCGAAUCAUGACACCACCCGGCGACCAUCGAUACUUUGCCUCGACUGCCGUCCUGCUCAACGAAGUUAUUAAGCUCGCGAUCUCUUUAACCUGCUCCAUCUACGAGGUCUCGAAUACCCUAGCCCCGCAAACUCCCUUGACGGUUAUCCUGGAACAAAUCUACAACUCGGUCUUUGCUGGAGAUGGAUGGAAGCUGGCUAUCCCCGCCGUGCUGUACACACUCGAGAACACGUUGCAAUACGUAGCUUUGGGGAAUUUGGAUCCCGUCCACUUCCAGAUUCUCUUUCAACUCAAGAUUAUCACUACCGCUUUCUUCAGCGUCGUCAUGCUCGGCCGCACACUGGGUAUCAAGCGCUGGCUAUCCCUCGUCGUACUCACCUUCGGCGUUUCCAUCGUCUCCCUCCCUUCGUCGAAUGACAACUCUUUGACGAUCCACGACUUUAGCGAUCACUUCUUCCCCCGAUCCGUCCACGAGCUAGGCCAAGCCGCUGGCGCGACCUUUGAUGUGGCGCGCGAAUUGACAAAGAGGGGUAUGGAAGGCUUGGCUACGGAGCUCACCAAGCGCUCGGCAACAUACGAGGGCAUCAAGGAGGAUCAAGACGGCGGCCGCCUGGUGAUGAACUACUCCGCUGGAUUGACAGCCUGCCUGGUUGCUGCUGUUGUAUCAGGCGUGACGGGUGUUUACUUUGAGAAGGUGCUCAAGGAUUCCUCCACCAACGUGUCAGUGUGGACUCGCAACAUCCAACUCUCCUUCUAUUCACUUUUCCCCGCCCUCUUUGUCGGGGUCAUUUACAACGACGGCGAGGAGAUUGCGAAGCACGGGUUUUUCGAUGGGUACAACAGCAUCGUUUGGACUGCCAUUGUCUUUCAGGCAGUGGGAGGGUUGCUAUCCUCCAUCUGCAUCAACUACGCCGACAACAUCGCAAAGAACUUCGCUACCAGCAUCAGCAUUGUUAUUAGCUGCGUGUUCAGCGUCUUCUUCUUUAACUUUGACAUGACCUCUUCGUUCAUCAUUGGCACUGCCCUUGUGAUUGGAUCUACCUAUCUCUACAGCACACCCGACAGGAAGCGGUCGCGACCGCCUCCCAUUAACAUUGUGGACUACGAAAAGAUCUCGAUCGAUCAUACUCCGAGAUUGUUGGACCAGAACCUACUGAAUGUCAACCCAAUGGAUUCCGCCAGGGCAACUUCAAGACCCUCCUCGCCAUCACCAUUAGCCCGCACACCAUCGUCUAGGGGCAAGUUGUUGGACGAGUGA